AAACUAAUCUCCACCAAAGAAUUAAAAGGACUUUGCUUAUAAAGUAAAUAUCCAUUAAAAACAAAACUCAACUCUCAAAGCUAGCAAUCUUAGCAGAACAAAGAUGAGUCUCAAUGUAGAUGAUGAUGAGUUAGUGAGUGAAAUGGAUGAAGCACCCAGUUUUGCUUCAUCUCUACCAGUCCCCAAUGUUCAAGAAAUGGUAAGGAAUAACCCUUUGCAGGUUCCUGAAAGAUAUGCGAGGAGUCAAGAAGAGUUGGAGAAAGUCAACCAUAUGCCUCACCUUUCAUCUGAGGUCCCUGUCAUUGAUUUAGCACUGCUUUCAAAUGGAAACAAAGAGGAGUUGUUGAAAUUGGACGUAGCAUGCAAAGAGUGGGGCUUCUUUCAGAUAGUAAAUCAUGGUGUUCAAGAACACCUGCAGAAAAUGAAGGAUGCAUCAUCUGAGUUUUUCAAACUUCCAAUAGAAGAGAAGAACAAGUAUGCAUCGGCCUCAAAUGACACACAUGGCUAUGGGCAGGCUUAUGUAGUUUCUGAGGAGCAGACACUAGACUGGUCAGAUGCAUUGAUGUUAAUCACGUACCCCACCCGGUACAGGAAGCUUCAAUUUUGGCCUAAAACUCCAGAGGGAUUCAUGGAUAUAAUAGAUGCAUAUGCAAGUGAAGUUAGACGAGUUGGUGAGGAACUGAUUAGUUCAUUGUCAGUGAUUAUGGGGAUGCAGAAGCAUGUUCUUCUUGGACUACAUAAAGAAUCGCUUCAAGCUUUACGUGUGAACUAUUACCCUCCUUGCAGCACACCUGAGCAAGUGCUGGGUUUGAGUCCACACUCUGACACGAGCACCAUCACCUUGCUUAUGCAAGAUGAUGAUGUAACUGGCUUAGAAAUUCAACACCAAGGAGGAUGGGUGCCGGUGACCCCAAUACCAGAUGCUCUAGUUGUCAAUGUUGGAGAUGUGAUUGAGAUCUGGAGUAAUGGCAAAUACAAGAGUGUAGAACACAGAGCAGUGACAAGUAAGAACAAGAGAAGGAUUUCUUAUGCAUUAUUUUUGUGCCCACGAGAUGAUGUGGAAAUUGAGCCCCUUGAUCAUAUGAUAGAUGCUCAAAAACCCAAGUUGUAUCAGAAAGUCAGGUAUGGAGAUUAUCUGAGACAAUCUAUGAAGAGGAAAAUGGAGGGAAAAACACACAUGGAUGUGGCAAGGAUAGAGGAUUCUCAUCUCACGAAAAAAGAUGAUUAAGAAAAGAAAUGGCCCAGUAAAAGAAUAUGAGAAGAACAUAAAGUGUAAAAGUACUCCCUCGUGCUGAUUUACCAAGUGUCAAUUGUGUUUGUAUAAUAUGCAUAAACUAAGUCGAGUCUUUACACUCUGCUUACUACAUAUCCUUGUCACUGAAAUUUAGAUUUCUUUCUAAAAUCUAAACCAACUUCUGUAAUCUCUGUACUCCUCAUCUCAGGUUUUUUGAGAAGUAUGAACUUUCCUUUAUGAAUCAAACCCAAACCAACUUAGAGUGUGCUUGAAAA